AUGAGAAAGAAAUGUGGGGACAAAAGCUUAAAAUAUUUAAAUGUCUGGACCACUGAGUUUGGAUUCCCAACAGGGGGAUCCCUCAGUUUAAAUAACAUAUCAAAACUAGAAGAAAAACUGAAAGCAAAAGAACAAAAAAUUAGAACAAAAAAUGAAGUGUCUGUAAGAAAAUUAGAACUCAUUAAAGGUCAAAAAGAAUGUUUACAGAUGUGGAAAACUGAAGCAGAGAUACGAAAUACAAAGUUAAUGCAAAAACGACUACCCUUUUCAUGCGAAAAGGUUGAAACGAUUGAGAAGCUAGAUUUACAUAAACAAAGAACAAAGAACUUGCAGAUCUCUUCUUCUUUGUUUCCACAGUUGGCGGCUCUGAAACUGGAUCCAGACCUUGACGGCAAACCCCCUUCCCAUCCUUCAGCACCACCACCAUACAACUCUGCAACACCCAGCGAGAGAAGAGAAGCAGACUUCAUCAGGCCACAACUACGAGCAAGCUCAGAAACAGCUCGUUCUGAAACGCCUGGUCUAUCACAAGACUCUACAACCAACACCCCUUCUCCAAUUGCACACAGACCACGGCAAUCCAAUAAAGACACAACCUUCAACAUGCCUAUGGUUGAAGUAUCUGGACCACAAGGCGCAACUUUGGUUUUUCUUCCUCUGAGGACAUCACAGCUGCUUCACAUCAUCUGCUCAACCCCACAGCAUCAAGAACAUGGACAUCGCUACCCUGGCCGUAGAGAAAAAGGACGUGGCCAUUAUAAAAACUGGGAGAGAAAAAAGGAUGUCUGUUUCCUGUGUGGCCAAUUGGAGGCAUUGUCCCAAAAACACCUCAUCAGACGCAAUAAACAUUCAGACUGACGUUGGUUGGGGGUUGUCUGAGAGGAAUGGACUCCUGGACGAGCCGAACCAACUUGUGAAGAGGGAAGAAGGUACUGCAUCACACUCACACACACAUGCCCAUCACAUCAAUUCACAAUCCAUAGAGAGCUCCAAUACACAUGAGAUUGUUUUAACAUAUGUUCAGUACACAUCUGAUCAGUUUAAGGAGUUUCGAUUAUCAUCACAGAACAACACAGUGUAUUCUUAGUCGAUUUAGUUUUAGUCUAAGUCAUGUAUACUCUAUUGGUUCAUCAGGGAGAACAUUAUUGUCCCACUGUGGGUCAUGUUCAAGCUUCAAACACGCAUUUUUGCUCUCUGAAGUCUGCCCUAUUAACCUGAUGGGCAGGGACUUGAUAUGCAAAUUGAGCCUUUGUCUAAUCUCAACCCCAGAAGGUGUCAAAGUCUGCAGACUACCUGAUCUGCUCACACACACGCCCAUCACAUCAAUUCACAAUCCAUAGAGAGCUCAGACAAUACACAUGAGAUUGUUUUAACAUAUGUUCAGUACACAUCUGAUCAGUUUAAGGAGUUUCCAGAACAAAUGAUUAUCAUCACAGAACAACACAGUGUAUUCUUAGUCGAUUUAGUUUUAGUCUAAGUCAUGUAUACUCUAUUGGUUCAUCAGGUCAAACAUUUAAAGAGAACAUUAUUGUCCCACUCAAAUGUGGGUCAUGUUCAAGCUUCAAACACGCAUUUUUGCUCUCUGAAGUCUGCCCUAUUAACCUGAUGGGCAGGGACUUGAUAUGCAAAUUGAGCCUUUGUCUAAUCUCAACCCCAGAAGGUGUCAAAGUCUGCAGACUACCUGAUCUGCCACCAAACUUUUCACACUCCUUUGUCUGCCACACCCUAAACCUAAAUUAUGCAUAUCAAUGGAUAUUGAAACCAUCAACCUUUUCUGAGUUUUUCUCAGCUAGGAAAACAAUUUCCACAGCUGCAAAGAUUUUAUGGCACCAGAGGAUCUGCAUUGCACCUCUCAUGUGUCACCCGGACCUGAUGAGCCAUACGAGGAAUGUUGGUUAAAGAUGAGAUUUGAAGAACUCACACUGACACAUAUUUAUUGGGCACGACACAAAUGUGCUAUAUUAGUCUCCCUCACACCAGCUCAAAGUAACAUGUACACCAUGGACCAUUCGGUCCCAUAGAUCCCAUAGAUGACUGGGAAGAUUUGGGCCCAUUUAUAAUAGCAUUAAACAUCUGAUCGAUCCACCCUUUUGUUUUUUGUUUGUUCGUUUAUUGUUUGUUUGUUUUUUGUUUGUUUGUUUGUUUUUACAGACACUGCAGUGCUACUCAAAACGUUUAACAUCUGUUGUGCACACUCAGAGAAUAAUCCAGCUGGUACCUGAAAGCACUUCUAUAACCUUUUUCUUGUUUGUCCAUAGAACAAACUGAACCUAUCACAGCCCUGCAACAAGUCCCUAAGACACUGUGGGCUUUUGAUAAAUAUGAUGUUGGCCUCAUCAAAGAUUUAGACCUGUUAUCAUUACUCCAAAAAUCAGACUUCAAACUUUGCAAGACUUGAGAUCCAUUUAAACAAGAAGCCACCGAUGGCAUAACACCAGGUUUUUGACUCCCUGAGAGCAGCAGGAGUAAUUGUUCCCUGUAACGACUCUCCAGUGCGCACGCCUUUGUUCCUUGUUAAGAAAAUCAGAGACAAAGAUCAACAUACAGAAUGCCGUUUUGUUCAGGAUCUGCAAGCAGUAAAUGCAGCAGUCCAACCCAGAGCUCCAAAUAUUCACCAGACCGUUAACUCAAACGAUGAAUGAAAAACAUGAAUACAUGGCUUCUGUUUUGUUGCAGGCUACAGGAACAAGCUACACCCUGUAGCUUAUUUUACCUUAAAACUGGAUCCUGUAGCAGCAGGACUCCCAAGAUGCCUUAAAGCCGUGGCUGCAGCUGAGAAGGCAGUUAUGGUCUCCCAAGAUAUUGUGUGCUAUUCUGAUGUUACUGACACAUGCUGUGUCUUUGAUUUUACUUGAACAAAAAACUUCUAAUUUCUCCACAGCACGAUGGCUACAAUACAACACAAUCCUUCUAGAAAUGUCUAACAUCACUGUCAAAAGAUGCAAUGUUUUAAACCCUUCCACUCUUCUCCCCACACCAGACGAUGAAGAACAACAUAACUGUGUUGCUAUCCUCCAACAGGUUCGCUCCCCAAGACCAGACCUACAAGAAACACAUUUAACAAACCCUUAUUUGGUUCUUUUUGUAGAUGGAUCUGCCUCACGCAACCCACAAACUGGUCGCAACAUAGGCGGCUUUGCUGUUGUUGCUAACUUUUGCUCCUGGAAUCAUCUGCUGUUUGUAAAUGUCUUUCUCACCCUAACAACUCAAACCCUGUCUCUCUAGGAAAUGCUAGAGCUGAUGCCGCUGCAAAACAAAAUCGCACUCCAGCCACCUAUCACUGAUCCUUUAUUGGUAUUGAUUCCUUUCACUGUUCCCACCUCUAUCACAGCAAUGCAAUCUUUUGCCACAGGAAAAGGCGCUGUGGACACGCUGUAGUGCCACACAAAACGAUGCAGUAUAACGAGGACCCGAUAAUAAACCUUGCAUACCUAAACACUUCUUUCCUCAUUCUGCAAAAUUGACACAUAGGUUGGACCAUGUGUCAAAAGGGGGAAUGUUGGGUGCCAUAACCCAACACUGGUUCACUAAAGGAUCUUCAGUUCAUGCGCAGAAGUUUUGUCAAUUGUGUAUGGUUUGUGCAACGCAAAACGCAGGUAAAACCAAAACAAUCACACACGCUGCUCACCCACCACCAGACAGACCGUUCAAACACUUAAUGAUGGAUUUCAUAGAGCUAUCACCUAGUGGUAGCAAAGGCUCUGUGAACAGAAAUAACUCCCAGAUGGGAAAUACCAACUGAACAACGAUAAUGGCUCUCAUUUUUCGGAAAAUUCUGCAAUAACCCAAAUCAGUGAAUUUCUUGCCAUUGACCUCAGACAACAUUGCACAUAUCACCCUGCCAGUGGGGGUGCUGUCGAACGAGAGAAUGGCACUCUGAAAUCAAAAUUGGCCAAAUGUUGCGACGAAACCGGACUGCCAUGGACAAAAAAGCUCUGUUGAUUGUUAUAAUGGAUAUGAUAAUCAAGAAAAGAUCCAGAGUUAACAGGAGUCCCUGUAAAAUUCUUUUUGGCAGACCUCUGUCCCUUGGAGUGGAGCCUGUAACCAGGCCACUCCCCUCCACUGGCCUAUGUCAGGAUGACAUGCUACAAUAUUGCAAGAGCUUAUUCCGCACUCUCUCUCAAAUCUCCCAGCAGGUGA